CCCACUUCCCAUAAUGGGCUAGAAACUCGACCGUUGGAGAGCCGAGCCGACCUUGGAAAGAGAUACCGACGAAAGAGAGAGAAAGCAAAGAGUAAUGGCAGCCAUGGGAAACGAGACCCAAGCACUAGAAUCAUCCUCUCCAAACAACACUGAACAUCCUUAUCAUCAUCCCCAAAACCACACUGAGACCAAAACCCCAAUCUCACUCUAUGAGCAGUCCAGAGAAGAGCGGAUCAAAGAAAACCUUCAAAGAAUGCAGGAGCUUGGUCUCAAAGACCUCUCCAGCUCCCUCCUCAACUCCACCUCUCGUCACUCUUCAAGGUGUGGGCGUCCUCGUGUUUCCAGUAAGCCUCCAGUUACCCCUCUGUCCUCCCCCUUGCCGCCAUCUUCCACCCUCCGCCGCUCUUCAAGGUUGCAAAAUACUACUCCAGUGACCUAUUCGGAAUCGGUUUUAGCAAAAAAAGAUGAUAUUUUGGAGGAUGUGGAACGGAAGCUUAACAAAUCAGAGGUGUAUACUGAAGAGCAUGAGAAGCUUUUGGGUAACACCCAGAGGAGCUGGACACUUUUUGUGGAUGGAUAUGGAAAUGAUGGAAGACGGAUUUAUGAUUCCUUCAAAGGAAAGACUUGUCAUCAAUGCCGGCAGAAAACGCUUGGUCAUCGUACUCACUGUGUUAAAUGCAAUAUGGUCCAAGGGCAGUUCUGUGGAGAUUGUUUAUACAUGAGGUACGGGGAGCAUGUUCUUGAAGCCAAUGAGAAUCCAAAUUGGGUUUGCCCCGUGUGUCGUGGAAUUUGCAAUUGUAGUUUGUGUCGGCAAGCAAAAGGUUGGGUUCCUACUGGCCCUCUUUAUAAGAAGAUAACAAAAUUGGGCUUCAAGUCGGUUGCACAUUAUCUCAUUCAAACCCGGCGUGUGCAAACCAAUAUUGGAAAUGAUCCAGAUAAUACCGAUCAAGUUUCUGCUAAGCGGUCUCUGUCCUUUCCUGUCCCGGAAUUGCCAUCUGAGGUCGAUGAGCUUGUAACACCAAAGCCUCAAACUGGAGAGGAUGGCUUGACAAGUGAGAAAAAAGAAUACAAUGCACACCCAGAAUCAAAUACAUUGAUAUUCUCAAAGAAUGAAACAGUGUUUGAGGAGGGGGAGGCUACUGAGAUCAACCUUGAUGUCCAUGGGCAACAUGAAAAAGAUACCAGUCAUGAUGAGACCACGGGGGUUAAUGGUGAAGUUUUGGAUGGUGCUGGCGAAAAUGUAGAUGAAAACUGUACUGCAACAGAGAGUAGACAAGAGCUAAUGAAGAGGCCUGCAUCUGCCAUUGAAAAUGGUCUCAAGAGUAAUGUUGCAAGCUCGAAGCGAAGUCGUGAACUAGACAAUAAUAAUGACAAGCCAUGGUUGCCAAGAGCAAACGAUAGUGUAUCAGGUGAGACUGCAGAAAACACGUCAUCGCGGAAAGAGUCCAAGACCAAUAUGAAGUAUAGUACUUCUGGAACUAAUAUAGACUGUGUAGCCAGAAGAUUGAGGCCUCGAAACAAAGCACUUUGAAGCAGUUUCCUCUAACUCUUGGUUCCUACUAGGAUUAAGUUCAUCAUGCUGAUUUUAUUGGCACAAUUUUUGUUGCUUGGGGCUUAUAUCUGGUAGUAAAUUAACUGAGGUGGUUUCCUAUUCUUCCUCUUUGCUGCAUUCAAGCCACGGUUGGCUUUCUUUUGUAUUAGUAGGUUAAUAUGGGCUUUGCAACAUUUUG